UUUGUUUUUUGUCAGUUAUUCCAUUUCCUUAUGUUUGCCAUAGAUUUACAAAUUUUGUGCCCAUAUUACUUACAUUCAAAACUAAGCAGACGCCCAAAUAGCACAACUUAUUAAAUUGCCGCUGCCGAAUAUCGUUAAUAUGAUUGCAUUAAAACGCCUGCCACGUUUUUGCCUAAUGCGCGCCCUUGGCACCAAGCCGAAUUUCUCCACAUUGUCGACGCCCAGAAUGUGCAAGGCGCAAAUAACUGCCGAGGAAGUGCGCGGCGUUGCCGAUGCCCUAAAGAACGGACUGCGCGCUUUGGGUCAGCCGACAAGCGCAACGCAUCCGCAUCUGAUCAGGCCGAACGAGCUGGUGCCCGGCGUGAGUCAAGCGGAAUUUCAGACGCGUCGCGCACAGCUUAUGCAAGGCCUGCAGGCCUAUGCGGAUAGCUUUGGCGAUGAAUUCAAUGGACGCACCUCCAAGUCUCACAUGCUGGUCAUUGGUGCGGCGUCCAAGAAGUAUAUGAGUGGCAAGAUACCCUAUGUGUUCCGUCAGAGCUCGGACUUUUAUUAUCUAACCGGUUGUUUGGAGCCGGACUCGGUGCUGCUGCUGACCAUUGAUGAUGUGGGCAUAGUGCAGUCAACGCUGUUUAUGCGCCCCAAGGAUCCGCAUGCCGAGCUCUGGGAUGGUCCACGCACUGGGCCCGAUUAUGCUGUGCAGCUCUUUGGCGUACAUGAGGCACAUGCCAUCGACAAUUUCCAACAAAUGCUGGCGGCACGCAUCGCCCAGCUAAAGCCACAUCUGUGGUUCGAUCUGAAGCAAUCGGAGCUGACCAAUGUGACGGAUGCCAUGCUGCAGGUGUGCAACAACGAGCGCACCCAGCUGCUGCCCGUCUAUACGUUCGUGGAGAAUAUGCGUCUGAUCAAAUCGCCCGCCGAGAUGCAGCUAAUGCGUCGCACAUGCUCGAUAGCCUCGCAUGCCUUCAACGAGGUGAUGGCCGAGACCCGUCCGGGCCAAUCGGAGCAUCAGCUAUACGCCUCCAUAGACUUUAAGUGCCGCAUGCGCAGCGCCAGCUAUUUGGCCUAUCCGCCUGUGGUGGCUGCCGGCAAAAAUGCCACCGUUAUACACUAUGUGAACAACACACAGCUGCUGCAGCCGCAGGAGCUGCUGCUGAUGGACGCCGGCUGCGAAUACGGCGGCUAUACCAGCGACAUAACACGCACCUGGCCCGUUAGCGGCCAAUUCACGGAUCCGCAGCGCACUCUCUACGACAUGAUGGAGCAGCUGCAAAAGGAGACAAUUGAGCUGAUCAUGCAACCGGGCGGCGAGACGCUGGAUCAAUUGUUUGAGACGACCUGCUACAGGCUGGGCAAAUAUCUGCAGGAAAUUGGACUGGUGGAUAAGCAUCUGACCGAUCACAAGGAGCUAGCCACGCAGGGCUACAAAUUCUGUCCGCAUCAUGUCUCCCAUUAUCUGGGCAUGGAUGUACACGAUACGCCGCAUGUGCCGCGCAAUACACGCCUCCAGCCGGGCAUGGUAUUCACCGUGGAGCCGGGCAUCUAUAUUGAUGAGAAGCGCACAGAUGUGCCCGACGAGUUUCGCGGCAUUGGCAUACGCAUCGAGGAUGACAUACUGAUCAAUGAGCAGGGCCAGAUCGAGGUGCUAACCGCCGGCUGUGUCAAGGAGCGACGCGCCCUCGAAGAUCUUUUCAAGUAGUUGCCAUCAACGCCGACCCAAAAUUCCUAGUCAUAAUUUACUCCCAACUAAAGUUUAUAACCAUUUGUGAUCAGAUCACGCGCAUAACUCCGAUCGCCCAGGGCCCAUGUACAUACACGAUAAGUAUACAGAAAAAAGAAUCAAAUACAUUUAAUUGUUCAAGUUCAUAGAA